AUGGGCUUUUUUUUGCGAGACCUAUCCUCGUGGCUGCGCUGGCGGCUUUUCGACUUCAGCAUGUGGUGGAACGUCGACUUCUUUUUCUUGCGAGGAGAUUGGAUUCGGUGGUUCAAGCGGGACUUCCUGCGAAGCCUAUACCAGUGGCUUGCCAGCUUCGACUAUCUGACACACUUCUACAUCGGACUUGUCAACUUCGAGUGCCCGCCACGCGUGUACAAAUGGCUUGACCAGUUCAAUUUCCUGCCAUACAUUUACUAUUGGAUUCUCACCUUCGAGUUCCCGAGACGCCUAAACAUGUUUCUGACCAACUUCGAUUAUCGGACGCACAUGUUCACCUUCGAGUUCCAGAAAUGCCUAAACAUGUUGCUGUCCACCCUCGAUUAUCGGACGCACAUCUACAUUCCGCUCUCCCUUCCGUCUUGGUCAGUUUCAAUGGCUGGAAUAUUACCUACAGCCUUUGCUGGAUGGCUUGCCAACUUCGAGCUACCCCCAGUCAUGUACACGUGGAUUUUCAACUUUCCAAUUUUGGCAUACGGGUACUGGUGGCUCGUCGACUUCGAGAUCGCAAACCCAUUCCGGCACCCCCUAUGGUUUGCGGAGGACAUUUACCUCAUUAUAACCUGGGCUGCAGAAGAUUAUCUGUGGUCUGCUCCUAUUUUCUGGAUCGGCCUGUUCGCUUACAUCGUCAGCAGCAUCAGGAGCAGCUACUCCGGGUACAUCGCACUCGGUCCGGGCCGCCAACCUUCCAACGCCUGGGGCUGGCUCAAGACCAAGAUCAUCGAAUUCAUUGUCCUGGGGCUCUUCCGCGUCGACGUCUUGUCGAAGCCAUACUGUGACCCGAUCACGGCGACGUGGUCGGCGAAGCUAACCCUGCCCGAGCGCGGUUGGCCACCAGGGACACGGCCGGUCAUCAAGGGCAUCGACCCGCUCGCCCAGAUGACCGGUGUCAACUCCUUCGCUAUGAAAAUUGUCGGGCGCCUAUUUGUGUUUUACCAACAAAAAGCACCAGACUUGUGGGAGGCCCACUAUCUAGCUGGGUCGAAUGAAUUCCCCAGGCUGAAGCGCUGGCUGGAUACAACAGACGACGAUGAAAUAUUCCUCGGCACCAUGAGGGAGUGGGAUGAUCUCGUCGCAGAGGCCCGUCCCGAUGGGUCUACGGUCAUGUACCUGAAUCCGCUCGACGCCGAAGAGGUUAUCCGGAAGGGUUGGGGCCAGCGAAACCCUCUAGCUGUGAUGCACGAGUCAUUGCUCUAUCGGUUCUUUUACCACAGGAUAUUGCGCAGAAGUACACCUCUUCACCACGGUUGCGUUAUCGUGUAUGCUCCGUUGGACGAGACAGAGGCGGAGGUUAUACACAACCGAAUCCUGCCCGCUGCAGCAUUUUGGAAGGAGAAGUAUCCAGAUGAAUGGUCUAUCAUGUAA